UGUCACUCAGGUGAUUAGACGGAAGUGGCUAGAUGGAGCCUGUAACUAGUUGGAGUCCAGAGAUUGUGAGGGGUUAUUUGAAUGGUCUGGAUGACUCCCUCCAUCAUUAUCCCUUCCAGGAAUGGGAUAUAAAUGGACAAGAACUUCUGGGUUUGUCCCCACAGAGCCUUGAGCAACUUGGGGUGCGAUGUAUUGGGCAUCAGGAAAUCAUUCUGGAGGCUGUAGAACAUCUUUGUGUACUGCACUAUGAACUGAACAGUGAAAAUCUGCGCACCCUCACUGAGAAGCUUUGGGGUGUCUCUCAAAAUUUGAGAUCUCACAUCCAGAGCCACAAGAAAGCUUCUAAGCACUCCACCACCACCACCCUUUUGCCUUCUCUGAAACAGCUGGUGUGCAUCAUAGACAUUGUGUCAGCUUCACGCUGUCUAUUCUCCUGGCUCAACAGGUAUCUUUUCACCCGUUUAAAUGAUUACUCAGCAAGCCGUGAUGUUAUUGCUUUGUGUCUGGAGCUGGCAGAGGCCCUGUACAAGGACUGGUCGGACCCCAAGAUUGAAGAAAGGAUUUUAUCUAUUUGUUUGAAUAUUUGUGGCAUCUGUGAGAAUAUUCUGAGUUGCAGUCCUGAAAAACUCUUGAGUCAAACAGCAACACUUGAGCCUCUGCAGAUACAACUUGAGCCCCCACACUACACUCUGGGCAUUGAAAUCAAAAGCACUUGUUCAGGCCAUCACUAUAUAAAUGGCAUACUUGAUGAGUCUCCGGCAGCUGGUUAUGGUGGUAUCUUUCCUGGAGAUGAGAUAAUACAAGUGAAUGGCCAAGUGGUGGUUGGUUGGACUCGAAAAAAUCUUGUGACAAAAAUACGGGAGAAUACAGAUUCUGUCUCUCUAAUUCUUAAGAAAGUAUCUGUUCUAUCCUCAUCAGCUGCCACCGCCAGCUUCAAGAAGCAUCGUUCUUCUACUUCACCACGUUCCUCACACAGUUCUCCUUCUUCACCAGCAGGAAAUAGUGCACCAUUUUUCUUAACAGGGCCAAAUAUUCACAUCACCAAGAAAUCACACAGAGAAUCCAUAUCAAAAACUACAUGUAGUGCUCCUACAACACCAACAGAAUACAAAGACAUCCUGUCUGACUCCUGUGCUCUAACUGCACAAGCAGAGUGUAAAUCUUCCACCUCUCCAUCAACUUUGUCUGGAACUCCAGUCUUACCCAGUACACUUUCAUUUCAAAAGAGUCAGAAGAAAGUACUGUCACCAAAAUAUUUCUGGACCUAUCAUGGUUCCUCUACUAAUCGGAAAUGUCAUGUUUCUUCAAUCUUUCCAACAUCUCCCUUUACCCAAUCUUCUCCCGAGCCUGUCACCCAUAAUUUAGAACCUACCUCCCCAACCUUUCCCUCAUAUGCAGGAACCCUUAUCCCAGAUAUUCAGCUAGAAUCGUCCCUCACCCAUAUGCAACAGAGCAAAAAGAGCUCCAAAUUCAUCUCUAGAUCAAGGACUGGAUCAGAUACAACAUCUGAACCCACUAGCAGUAAUAUUCUACACUUGCCCCAUUCUCUUGGGAUCUUGCGUCCAGCACUGUCAGACAGUAGCCUGCUGAAAUCUGCAAACUCUGCAGUUCCUGAACGACCUAAAGAAAGCCAGCACGGAACUUCUGACCAUUCGGGUUUAGAACAAGAAAACAACAUCUCCAAAAGCCCAAAUACUGGAAAUAAAUUUCAUAGUCCAGACUCUAAAAACCAUAAACAGAGAGGGAAAGAGACAGUAACCAGGAAUCAGAAAGGUGCUGUGACCAAGUUGAGUCGCCGACGAGUCUCCUGCAAAGACCUGGGGACUCCAGAUUGUGAUGGAUGGCUGUGGAAAAGGAAAGAAAAUGUAGGCUUCAUGUCUCAGAAAUGGAAACGCUGCUGGUGUGUUCUAAAGAAGGAUCGACUAUACUGGUACAAUGUACCUCAGGAUGACAAAGCUCUGGGACUGGUUAAUAUUUCCUUAUACAAGCUGGAAAGCACAAAGGAUCCUAAAAAGAAAUAUGAGUUCCAGUUGUGUCACCAAACCUACAAACCAUUUGUCUUUGCUGCAGACAGCCUGACUGAUAUGAGCAAGUGGGUGACCUGUUUGCUAGCAUCAGUCAAGAAACACAAGCCUUCUCCAUCUGUUGGGAACCAAAAAGAAGAAGAGUGUUACAGUGAGACAGAAGAUGAGGAUCAAUUUAGAGGGCAAAGACAGGUAGAAAAACUGAUGAUACAACCACAGGCAAAGACUGUGCCGGAGACUGAGAGUCCCUCCCUAAAAGAUGAUAUAGGAGCAGCUGAACUUGGGCAGGCAUCUGGCCCCAUCAAGGCUCAACCUGAAGAUGACAGUUUGGAGUCGCUUAUCUCCUGCCUGAAACAAGGUGGUGUGUCUCUUAUUGGGGCAAAGACUACAAUGACUCGAGAUGAAUACAGAAAAUCAUUCAUCAAAAGAAAUAAAAAUCCUGACAUAAACCGCAGAGCUCACUCACUGCGAGCACUUCAAAGCACUUUAAAGGCCAAGGAAUCAGAACUUGAGGCCCUCAAUCAAGUCCUGGAUAAUCCAUAUCUUACCUCUGCUCUGUUUCAAAAAUGGAAAUAUGAACAUGAACAGCUAUAUGAUAACAUAGGCAAAGCAAGAGGAGAUGAAAAGGUUACAAGUCCAAAGCAAGAGAGGAGAACAGACUCUGCAGACAGCUUGGAAAGGGAAUUGGAUCGAGGGGGCAGGGAAGAGAGUGAUGCAAGUGACUAAAAACAACAUGAAAAGACUAUCUAUAGAACAAAUAAUGUAUAUAACAUUAUACAGAUAUGCCAUUUAUAUUUAGGUUUAGGCAGAACCGAUUCUAUAAUUUUAGCCAUAUGGGUAUGUUAUGGUGGAUUGGAGGGGAGGUGAGUGGCAGCUAUUAGAGGAGAAAGGUAACAUAGACCUGUACAACUCCCAGUCCUUAUGCACCACAAACAGAACAGGAUUUACGUCUCACCUUUCACAUGGAAUGAUCAAAUUAACUGGACUUUAUUCUCUUGUGCUGAACCUGGAAGAGGCUGAAAUUCUGCCAUAUUUGUUGUCCUAGAAGUAGUGCUGAAUAUCUGCUUGUGUGUGCUAGUAAAAGAAUUGUACAUUGUGUACACUUUAUCAACACUACUGCUAGGUUUUAACAAUAUAUUUUUAUUUUUUUAAUAUGAGAAAGCGAGCCAAAGCAAACUAGUGAUGUGUUUUUUUGUUGUUUUUUUUUAGCCAAUAUACCUAGGAUAACUUUAUUUGAUAAACAGGAUUACCUCUUUGUACUGGGAACAUAUCUAUCUGGAUCUUUACAAUGUGUUCCAGUCCCCCCCCAAAUGUCUGCAUUUUGCUAUUGAAUGUUAUUAGAUUAUAGAAUUCUAUUUGUAUCAAUAUAUAUUAGUAGAUCCCUAUAUUGUGGUUUGACAGAUAAAUAGUUCAGGCUUCUCAUUUCUCAGUAUUUUAUUCCUCACUUACUUAGGGUCUCCUCUCUUUUUUAUUUUAUAAAUUUCCAGACACUGUUCUGGUUUUGUAUAUUAUACAAUGUCAUGAAAAUAAAUCAAUUCCAAGAAACA